AAUAUUUUAUGGAGUACUGUGUUUUGAUAAAUAUUCAACAUUUUUAUUAGAUAAUUCACAGCUCUAUUUCUCCAUUAAAUAAAUAAACCACUGUCAAUAAUAAUGAACAACUCCAAACAAUUAUACUACGACCACAUUGAUAAAGAUAACAUAGAUCACAUCCUAAAAAACGGUGUUGAUAUUAACGCAAUAGGAAUCUACCACGGUCGCAAAGACUUCACUCUUUUGCAUGCAGCCGUAGCUAACAGCGACGAAGAACUAGUAAAAUAUUUACUGAAUAAAAAUGUAGACAUCAACGCAACAACAAGUUACAAAGAAACAGCUCUUCACAUUGCCGCAGAAAGAGAUUUAAAUAUUGUAAGCUUAUUAAUCCAACAUGGCGCUGAAAUUUCAGCGGUAGCUAAUUACGGAUUGAAGCAAUGUUGGACACCAUUGCACUGCGCAAUUAGAUACAGGAAUGAAGAUAUUGCAAAAUUUUUAUUGGAAAAGGGCGCGAGGUGUAAAAUUGAAGGAUGCGAAUGCAUCCUUCACUUUUCUGUUAGAUUAGGAAUGAUUGAUAUUGUAGAAUUAUUGUUCAAACAUUUUGAAAUUAAAUUGCCUUGUAUUUGUAAUGAAAAUUCUCCUUCGCUUCUUUUUAGCGCAGUUGAAAAUGAUCAUGAAGAAAUUGUCACAUUUUUAAUAAAUAAAUUUAAUAAUGUAAAAACAUUAAUCAAAAAUAAUGAAUUAAUUCUUCAUCAAGCUGUUAAAAAUAAUAAUUAUAAAAUUAUUAAUCAACUUUUGAACGGAAAUGUUGAUAUUAAUUCUUGUGAUAAAAAUAAAAAAACAGCACUUGCUGUGGCUGAAAGCACAGCUGUUGCGAAUUUAAUUAAAAGACAUGUGCUUAAGUUAAAAUUUAUUAAUUAUUUUGUCAGUGAAGAUAAUUUAAAAUUAAUUAAUAUUGAUGAUAAAUUAGAUGAGUUUGAAAAAAAAUGCCAAGAAGAAAUCAAAAGUAUGAAAUUGGAGAAAAUUGGGGAUAGUUAUGUGAAUUUUUUUGAGAUUUUUAAUAAAUCUAUUCAUCAGUUGGCUAUUUAUAUGGCUAAUGAAAAAAUUAGGAGAAUUGUUGAUAAUUUUGAUGAAGUUGAAGGAAAAUUUCCUAUUUAUACACCGCUUUUUUUAAAUCGGUUAAGAGAAGGAUUAAUUAGGAGAAAUUUUAUUGAAAAAAUUGAAGACUUUAUUUUUGAUACUCUUGAGGAAUUACCGGAUGUUUUUGUGAGAGAAAUUUUUAGAUAUUUAAGUAAUAAUGAGAUGGAAGAAUUGUCUUUUUUAAUUUAAUAAAUUUUUUUGAAAUAA